AUGGGACAAGGAGCUAGUACUCCCAAACAACGACGAAAGAAGAAAAAGUCCAAGAAAUCGAAUAACAAUAAGACUGAUAAUAAUAACCAUGAUCAGGACGACCUAUCGCUCUUGAAAUUGGAACAAAAGAUUGCCUUGACCAAGGAGAAUCUGAUUCGGACCAAGCAACUUGGGGGAGUAAACAAACGGACCCAAGAAGAUGAGAUUUAUUACUUUGAAAUGGAGCUCUACAAGAAGAAGUACAUUUUGCACAAACGGGGGCACGAUGCCAAGCAAUAUCUUUCCUUUUGGGAAUAUGUGGAAAUUGUCAAUACGGUAUUGCAUGCAGAUUCCACUGAUUAUAGCGUGGCCAGUGGUGACAUGACUUUGGAACAACAUAAGGCGGCCCAAGAACAAGAAAAAGAAAAACGCAAGGCUGCUGCUGGAACGCUCGCCAAACACAAUGGACAUUUCAAUGUCUAUUCCUUCUUUGAAGCCUUUUUGUUGAGGAGAUUGCACAUUGCCAUGAUUCUCAAACAUCAACGUGCCAAACAAUCGGAUGUAUGGAACGAUGUCAUCAUGUCUCUGUACAAUAUAAUGCCUGGAAUGAAGAAACGGAACAAGGCUGCCAACGAGAAACUCAUUGUUAUCAAACCAGAAUCCAAUGAAACCAUGAGAGAAAUGAUAAAGUUGCAAAAGAAAAAAGUAAAGCUCUACGAGCAUAUGGUAGAGAAUCUCAAGGCCGAAAUUGAAGAAGAGGAAAUGGCAAACUCUUUGGAUCCGGAUGAUCCACUCGUUGUGGAUGCGGAUGAACCACCACCUUCGACCAUCGGAGGGGAGGACGAGGAUGUGAAUACGGCCAAAUAUUAUCAAAACAACGGCCGUCGCGGCCUGGACGAUGACGAAAUGUCCUUCAAGUCGUUCACUUCCCGCAAGUCCAGUCGCUCCAAACGACGCACCUCCAAGAACCCCACCGCCGCCAACGGUGUCGAACAGGCACCUCGAUGGAAAAAGUCCAGUCGGUCCAAACUAAGCAAGGCCAGCAAUCGGGAUGUGACCAAUGGUGGGGAGGCACUCGAUUCCUCCUAUCGAUCCGCAAAUUCCAGUCGUCGUCGAUCGCCAUCGCCGGCCUAUAAUUCUCCAAUGGCCUCGCCCAUGAAAUCACCCAACCAAGAACCAUCCCCAGCCGCAGGAGGAGGAGGAGCCGAUGGCAAUGAUAAGGCUCCCAUUACCGACGAUGACAUUGAACGAUUUUUAUAUCCCAACAAACCCCUUCGGAAAUCGGGAGGCUCCAGCAGGCGCAAUAUUAAAAAUAGAGGAGGAGAACAAUCAUUGUUGCCACCGUCAGAAUUGGAAUUUGUGGAUCAAGACGGUGGGGGUCGAAGCAUUGUCUCGGGACUACACGAUGAUUCUUCGGUUGGUUCCGGGAGCAAUGCUCCGCAAUCCUUGGCUGACAUCAAGGCUAAAAAGAAGGAAUUGGAUGGUUUGAUCAAGGCCAUGGAAACACCGGGAGAAGAAGGUGAAAGCGCGAACAGCAGUUAG